UUCUUGCGAUGCUAUGCUUCACCAAAAAUACUCCGGACAUUAUGUCUAAUCGUAAUUCUCGCGUUAGCAGCUCCGUCAUUAUAUCUCCAAUCAGCGGCAUCGGAGCGCAUGCUCACAAACGUGGGGGCAUAGUAGCGCGAAACGGCUCGCUCGCCGCGUGGGCCCAUUAUGCAACUCGGACCCUGGCUAAACGGGACGGGAGGCACGCCGUAUGGACUACGCCGAGAGAGGUCAAUCACAGUGUGGAGUCCCCAUUUCGGCGCGUGAGGGGGUUUUCUACAGACAUUCUCACGACCAGUUCCGCUGCUGCAGCGCUUUGUGUGCAACGAGGUUUCUGCGCCAGAUAAUACGAUUAAGUCUCCUUGUCAUGCACGGCGGGUAUGAUUGGACAAGACGCGACCCAGUGCAUGCAUGGUCCCUAUCUAUACCCUUGACAUGCUCGCCUCCGCUCGGGCUGAUAAGCGUAGACUGUCAUUCGCACCUCACCUUACUCAGAUUGGUCUUGCAUUCACAACUCCUGCAGCAAUCAGCCACCCCCGAGGUAGUGCCUGGCAUCUCCCUGCGAUCUAUGCUGCGAGCAUGUCUCCACACGAUCGUUCCGGCGGUUAUCUGCGGUGGCGCUUACAUAGGACUUUACGUUCAUUCUAUGCAGCUUUCGAUAAGCGUUCGAACAUGCUGUGUUCGGUUCCAACAGAGUGGGUGGUCCUUGUGGCACGUAUUAAGCUGAUGGACAUGUCUUGAUUUUCUCUCUGAUAAUUGCCGAACCUUAUUCAUUCUUCUUCCAUCUUGUCUUUGAAGCUUCAAAAGCUUUUCAAUUGUUCUGUUUCGCUUCUUCGUUUGACACGAAGAUCUCCGGUCGGUUCGGCAUCACAACAAUUACCCGAGUUGUGCCAUUCCCCACGUCCCCCCAUUCCACAUCAGCUAAGGAUCACGCGUGGCUUUUACAACCAUGGGGAAAGACAGUAUGGAGAAGCCUCCGUCGGAGGUAGACGAUCAUGUGGGUGUGGGCG